CGCUUUGCCUGUCAUUUCACGACUAAUCCUGUGAGCUGAUCGGUCUAUUUUAUUUUAUUGAGAGAUCGAGAGCAUUGAAAUUUGCUCGUCAUGGCCGCAGACCCCCGUGUCCUUCUGCAGAAAGCCGAUAAGGCACUUUCCGGCGCAUCUGGAGGCUUCAGUCUCUUUGGCGGACGGACUGAGAAAUAUGAGAAUGCCGCCGACCUGUAUACCCAGGCUGCAAACGCCUUCCGAGUCCAGAAGAUGAACAAGGAAGCUGGGUUAGCAUUUGAGAAGGCGGCCACCAUCCAGUCUAAGAACCUGAACGAGCCUGAUGACGCCGCCAACACGUUAACCGAAGCGUUUAAGGUCUACCGCAAAUCAGACCCAGAGGAUGCCGCGCGGGUGCUGUCGAGCGCCAUCCAGCACUAUGUGCUGAAGGGGAACCUCCGCCGAGCGGCUACGCAGCAGCAGUAUUUGGCGGAAGUGUACGAGGUGGAGCUGGGAGAUAUGAAGAAGGCGCUGGAGGCUUACGAGAAGGCUGCCGAGUGGUUUGAGAGCGAUAACGCUGAAGCGCUCGCAAAUAAACACUACCUCAAGGUAGCGGAUCUGGCGGCGCUUGAAAAUGACUACUACAAGGCCAUCGGGCACUACGAGCGAGUCGGCCGGUCGUCUAUGAACAACAACCUGACCAAGUGGUCGGUGAAGGACUAUUUCUUGAAGGCAGGGAUCUGCCACCUUGCUACCAAUGAUCUCGUGGCCACCAACCGUGCUCUCGAGAACUACCGAGAUAUUGACCCAACGUUUGCUUCGACCAGAGAGCAUCAGCUGCUUGUCGACCUUGUCCAGACAAUGGAACAGGGCGACCAGGAAGCCUUUGCCGAUAAACUGUUCCAGUUUGACCAGCUCAGUAAGCUGGAUAAGUGGAAGACCACCUUAUUACUGCGCAUCAAGAACAACAUCGAGGAAGCGGAGGAGGACUUUGCGUAAACUUGCUACUCUGGACGAAAAUGAGGUUAUUUUUAUGUCUUUUUCUUGGAUGGUUCUUGAUGAAAUGCCAGUAGACAGAGUGGAGUGUUUGUGCUAUCUAUUAUUACUUCCAUAUUAUGCAGGCAGGCCUUCUGCCUAUCUUUACCCCAUCAAUAACAGAACUAUAUAUAUUGAAUCUUCCUGUGA